AUGGCAAAUUUUCAAGAAAUGGCAAUGUUCUUUGCCAUUAAUAACGUUGAGGAACAUGAAAAUAAUGUACCUAAUGAAAGACAAACGCGAAAUACAGAAUACAUUUCUGACCCGUUUAUAUUGUCUGAUCGAUUAUUUAUCAAAAACUUUAGACUGACUAAAGACGCUGUUAGAUAUUUAAUUGAUUUAUUAAGGCCUCAUAUAAUACCUAACACCCGUUCGUCUGCGAUUGAUUUGAACACUAAGAUUUUUUCUACUUUGAAUUUUUUGGCGACGGGCUCUUACCAAUCUCCUAUUGGUAACAGCAAAUUUAUGGUGCUGUCACAACCAACUGUAUCCCGAUGUAUAAGUGAAGUUGUGGCAGCACUAAAUCUGCCUGAGAUAUUUCAAGGAUGGGUUAGAUUUCCUAAAAAUAUGAGUGAGCUCUCUGAAAUACGCAAUGAGUUUUACAAAGAAACUGGAUUUCCAGGUAUUAUUGGUUGUGUUGACUGCACUCAUGUGGCAAUUGUACCUCCAUCAACUAACUUAAAUCUAAACGAAAAUCAAUAUCCAGAGUAUAUUUAUGUGAACCGCAAAGGUUAUCAUUCAAUUAACGUUCAAUUGAUUUGUGAUUCAAAACUCAAAAUUUUGAAUGUUAAUGCACUUUUUCCUGGAAGUACGCAUGAUAUCCACGUUUGGAAUAAUAGCUCAAUCUUACAAACACUUCAAGAACUACACAGGCGUAAUCACAAAGAUUUUUUUUUAUUAGGAGAUUCUGGAUAUCCUUUGCGCCAAUGGCUGCUGACGCCAAUUGCUAAUCCUACAACAAAUGCCGAAAUCUAUUAUAACCAGAGACAAAUGUCAAGCAGGAGCAUUAUUGAACGAUGUAACGGAGUCUUAAAAAUGCGAUUUCGGUGUCUACUAAAAGAUAGGACUUUGCACUAUAAGCCUGAAAAAGCAUCAUUGAUAAUUAAUGCGUGUAUAGUCUUACACAAUAUUUGUAUCGCCAACAAUGUUCCAUUGCAUGAGGAUGAAGAUGAGAUUAAUAAUUUGGGUAUGAUAGAAGAUGAUGCAGUAUUAGAUGAUAAUCAUAAUAUCAACAAUCGAAACAUAGAAUUAACACUAGGAAGAAAACAGAGGGAUAGAGUUCCUUUUCCUGACUUAGUUUAA